AUGGAGCAGGAAGAUGAGGAGAUGACCGAACCCACGGUGGUGACAAAACAGAUCGUCACACACGGGUCAGGGCUCACUUGGAUCCCGGAACAAAAGAAUGCCGAGGGAGUCACAUGGUUCAAAGUGAGCAAGAAGAAUACGGACAAUCAAAACCAGUCACUCGACACACCUUUCUUCGAGAACAUGUUGGCCCGUCGCCAAGAAGCAUUCAACGAGGCUAUCUCCGAUAGACUCAAGGAUGAAGAGAAUGACGAAGCCCCACAGCCGGAGAAGGCCCAGAAGAAGACCAAGAAAACCAAGGAGUUCAAAGCUACACAGAGGCAUGAGAUUUAUGCACCCCACAGCAUUCAGAUUAACUUGCCCGGCGAGACCGAGGAUGGCAACAAGGUCCAAUGCCGAACUUUGUUCGAGGGGAUGGGCACUCGGACUAUGUGGCUGGAACUGAAGGACGAUGUCGUGAAGCACAUCCAGACCAGCUUCAAGCAUUCUGAGGCCAAGCCACGAAAGACGAUCAAGCCUAAAAGGGCCAAGGCCUGCAGGAAGUAG